AUGGCCGUUGGAAAGAACAAGCGAUUGUCCAAGGGAAAGAAGGGUAUCAAGAAAAAGAUUGUCGACCCCUUCUCAAGAAAGGACUGGUACGAUCUUAAAGCCCCAUCAUACUUCCCUACUCGAGACAUUGGAAAGACUUUGGUCAACAGAACCCAAGGAACCAAAAACGCCAAUGACUAUUUGAAGGAUCGUGUGGUAGAAAUGUCCUUGGCCGACUUGAACAAGAACCAAGCCGAUGCGUUCAGAAAAAUGCGUUUCGUAGUACAGGAAGUACAAGGAAGGAGUUGUUUGACAAACUUCCAUGGUAUGGACUUCACUUCAGACAAGUUGAGGUCUUUGGUCAAGAAGUGGCAGACUCUGAUUGAAGGACACGUCGAUGUAAAGACAACUGAUGGAUACCUAUUACGUAUCUUUGCCAUUGCCUUCACAAAGAGAAGGCCAAACCAGCUUAAAAAGACAACUUAUGCCCAAUCAUCGCAAAUCAAGAUGAUUCGCAAAAAGAUGUUUGAAAUCAUGACAAAGGAAGCGCAGUCUUGUGAUUUGAAGGAGUUGGUACAGAAAUUCAUCCCAGAAUCCAUUGGCAAGGAAAUAGAAAAGGCAUGCCGAGGCAUCUACCCUCUGCAAAACGUAUAUAUUCGCAAAGUCAAAAUCCUCAAGGCUCCCAAAUUUGAUCUGGGUAAAUUGAUGGAAUUACAUGGCGGUGAAUCGGGAGAAGAUGUUGGAUCAAAGAUUCCUGGUGCAAAGGGGGAUUACAAGGAACCAGCAAUCCUUGAAUCCGUUUAG